UCUUAUAAAGUUGUGAAAGGGAGAUGAAGAAUGUUAGAAGAAGACUAAUAAAUAGUGAGAGUUUUCUUUGUUUUCAUCCGUAAUUCUUGUUCUGAUUGGCUUCUCUUUUGUUCAAUCUAAAGGAUGGAUUCAAAUGGAAACAUGGAAGAAGUGCAAGAUGAACAGGAAAUAAGAACAGCACCCAGACUCAGCAGGCUAAGGGAUUACAGAAUCAGAAUUCCAUCCAUAAAUAUGAGACUCCUUGAACAGAGGACAAGGAAGAAGAGGCUUCUUGACUUUCUGAAAGCCAGGCCUUCGGUUGAUUGGUUCAGGAACUUCAGGAUCUCAUCUCCUUUAGCAAUUUUCCGAAGGCAUGUUAAUGAUCGAGAAGAGAUCUCACUCUCUGUGCCAUCUCCGGUCGGUAUUCGCCGGCGUUUUUCUAUCCAUUUCAUCAGAAAAAUUGAUUGGUCAUCUAUCUUCAAGAUGUGCAAACGGUGGUUAAGGCAUCCAAUGAACCUUGCUCUUCUUCUAUGGCUUCUCUGUGUCGCCGCCGCAGGUUUGAUGCUUGGCAUGCUUCUUGUUGGCCUUCUCAACAAUGCUUUUCCCUCCAAAGCCAUGAGGAACUAUUGGAUUGAAUUCGACAACCAAGUCCUCAAUGCUCUCUUCACUCUCAUGAGCAUUUAUCAGCAUCCAAUUCUCUGCUACCAGUUCUUUCUCCUCUGUAGAUGGAACUCAGAGGACAUCAUUGAGCUCAGAAAGGUUUACUGCAAGGAUGGAGCAUACAGGCCUCAUGAAUGGUCACACAUGAUGGUUGUUGUCAUCCUUCUUCAUUUCACUUGCAUUUUUCAGUACAUUCUUUGUGGUCUCUACUGGGGAUAUUCAAGUGACACAAGGCCAGAGAUUCUAGAAAACUUGUUCUUCGCCUUAGGGAUACUUGCGCCAGUCACUGCCGGUGUUUACACAGUCUAUAGUCCUCUCGGCCGGGAAUAUGACUCUGAAUCAGAUGAAGAAUCACAAAAGGCCACUGAUGCUGAAGAUAUAAAGAAGCCUAACAAAUUACGCCGGAGAUUCAGCAAGCGGGUGCUGGUGAACCGGCCGGAAUGGGUUGGAGGACUGUUUGAUUGCAAUGAGGACUGGACAGUGGGCUACCUCUCCUUCUUCUGCACAUUCUGUGUCUUCGGAUGGAACAUGGAAAGGCUUGGCUUUGGAAACAUGUAUGUUCACAUUGGCACAUUUAUUCUGCUAUGUUUAGCUCCUUUGUGGAUCUUAGGCAUCACAGCAAUGAAAACACACAACGAAGUGAUUGAAGAGAUCAUGGGGAUAUCAGGCCUAGUUCUAUGCUUCUUUGGAUUGCUUUAUGGUGGCUUCUGGAGGAUCCAAAUGAGGAAAAGAUUCAAACUACCAAGGAACACCUUCUGCUGUGGCUCUGGCACCAUGACUGAUUACAUGCAAUGGUUGUUCUGCUGGUCUUGUUCUUUGGCUCAAGAGGUACGUACCGGCAACUUCUACGACGUUGAAGAUGAUAGUCUUUACAGAAGGCUUAUGAGUGGCGAUCUAAGUGCUCUUAUUCAAGAAGGUGCCAAGAGCCCUUACAGAAGAUCCUUCACUUCCACAACACCACUUCCUGUGUCAUCCAUGGUUAUGACACCGAGUUCAGCAAUUAUCGGAGAAUGUAGCUCUCCGGCUCCUCAGUUGGUUGUUGUUGUUAAUCCUGAUGAUCAAAUGACUGCACCAGUUCCUCAAGAACCACCAACCGUGGCUGAAAAACAAGUUGUUGCAGAUACGGAAGUGAAGGUCGAGAUUUCUGAAUUAGUUUCUGAAGAUGUGAUCACUGAAACACUCGUUAAGCCAUUGAUACGUGUGGAAGCUAUUGUUAGUGAUAGUAAUGUGGUUUCAACGCCCUUGGCAGAGCCGUUACUACGGCCAGAGGAGCGAAAUCCUGACGGAGAUGUUACCGAGGCACCAGGGAGUUCUCGGAGGGAGCUGGUGAAGAAGACGGUGAAGGUUGUGAAUGCAGUGUCUUUGCUGUUGAUACUCUCCUUUUUGUGGACCAGGCUGCCUGCAUUGCUUCGUUAGAGUUUGGUUACAUGAAAGAAGAAUUUUGUUUUUUUUGUUUUUCCUUUUUUGAAGGUUGUAAAUUCUUGAUAUGAUGAAGAUUGAAUCAAGUUUGUGUAUAAAGAAUUGGUUUAUGUAGUAUGAAAGCUUCUUUUGGUGAAGAGGAAUUUUGGUUGUCAA